CCUACUUCUUUAGUGGCUGCUUCAGAAACUGCAUUAGAAGAAAUAUCUAGAGGGCAUCGUUCAAAUGCUCGACUUAUCAUUAUAUUAAUAACUGAUGGACAUAGUCAAGAUGAAUGGUCAAAGGUUCAAAUAGCCUCACAAAAGCUUAGAAAUACAACUAAUGAAUUUUUCUGAUAAUUUUGCACAAAAUGAAUUACUAGAAUAUAUAAAGAACCCAAAAAGAAUUUAUACAGAUCGUGGAAGUGAUGAACUUUUUUUAAAAGAAGUUGGGCAAUCAGUUGUUGGUUGUCAUGGACGUGAAGAGGAAUCUCUAACUGAAAUCAAUACAGACAAUAAUUUAAUAAAGCCAGCUAAAGCACUUGCUGGAAUUGUUCAGAAAACAAAAAUUCUAGAAUUAAAUGAAGAAGAAAAUGAUGAUAGAUUUGAAAGGGAUGAAGAAAUAAUAAUUUUGGAUGCUUCUUCUUCAAGAGAAAGUGUAUUUGAACAUCAACGGGAAUUAGCCCUUUCAUUAAUUGAAAAACUUCCAAUAAGUGUAGAUGAUACACAUGUUGCUAUUGGAAUAAAUAGUUUUACUAAUGUCCCUGUUUUGAGACAAACAUUGGGAUUGGGACGUGAAAGAAAGGCAAAAAAACUUUUUUUCUAA